AUGGAGAACAAUUCACGUGUCGUGCUCUCUGCGACCUGGGCUCUCAGGCAUCCAGGGGAGAUACGAAUUGAAGGAAUUGGUUCUAGCGCUGCGGUCUACAGUAAAGGUCACAUAACAGUACAGAUGCAGUCUGCCUUUGACAACAACAUUAACUUCAAACUCGAGGCUUAUGUCGUGCCGACAAUAACCUCAGUAACGCCAGRUACGCAUAUAGACGCAGAAGCUUGGAGCCAUUUAAAGGAUUUGCCGCUAGCUGACCCAACUUUUGCCACUCCAAGUUCGGUGGAUCUGCUACUUGGUGAAGACGUAUUAAUGGGUCUCAUUCAAAGCUUCUGGGAACUCGAAGAGCCCAUACCAUCUUCCGAAAUUCACGUCGAUGACUGUGAAACGAUCUUCAAUGACACAGUUACCCGCACCUCAGACGGCAGGUACCAGGUGCAAAUAUUAUUUCGACCAGAUGCUCCUGCUCUUGGAGAAUCACAUCAAUCGGCAGUCUGCCAGUUUCUACAACUCGAGCGGCGGUUGAUGAACGACCCAUGUCUUCGUGAGCAGUACAUUGCAUUUAUGCGAGAAUACAUUGCUCUCGAUCACAUGGAGGUUAGCAAGCAARCUUUCACCAACAAAGAAAAUGGUUACUUCAUACCUYAUCAUGCGGUAACCACAAAGUUUCGCGUAGUUUUCAACGCUUCCGCGAAGACAUCGAAUGGGACAUCCUUAAACGAUACACAGUGUUCUGGACCACAACUACAUGCCAAUAUUGUCGACAUAUUUCGCAAAUGCAAGGUAGCCAUCACUGCAGACAUACAGAAUAUGUUCCGACAAAUACUGUUAGAUAGACGACAUCGUAAAUGGCAGCAAAUACUUUGGCGUGAAUCGCCAAAUGAACCCCUUCAAGUGUACGAAUUGAAGACGGUAACUUAUGGAAUGGCGUGUAGUCCAUUCAACGCAAUACGCGCACUGCGUCAAUGUGCGAAUGACAAUUAUGAAGUCAUCUGUGACCCAAGCCAAGCUGCCGCAGCGCAUCAUAGCAUACUUUAUAAUUUCUAUGUUGAUGACUAUUUGGAUAGCGUCRACAGCGAUGAACYUGCUAUUACCCGUGCUCAAGAUGUAGCGACUAUUUUGAAACAAGGACAAUUCAUAUUGGGAAAGUGGAAUUCCAAUUCUAUACACGUAUUAUCUGCGAUAACUGGUACAACAGUUUCUGCAUCAGAACUAGAGUUGAACAACUCAACAACAAAG